AUGUUUGGCUCAUACGGAUCCUACAGCUCGAUGAGCUCCAGCUCUCAAGCCCUGGACAUCGCUCCCACCAGCUACCUGUCCCGGACCAACUCUUUCACGCCCAGCUGCGCCUUUCCCUCGUGGCCUCAGGAGCGCGCCUCUUCCUACCUCUCUGACGACGACCUCUUCCCUUGCGAGUCCGUCAUCGAGGAGACCAGCAGCACCACCGAGUUCAGCCCUGCGACCAGCCCUCAGGAGACUUCGCCCUUUGUCACCGAGGAGCAGAUGCUUCUCCUCCGUCGCCAACAACAGGCGGUCAUGCAGCAAGAGGCCCUCCAGUUCAUCAUCGCCGAGAAGGAGCGUCGCAAGCAGGCCCGCAAGGCUGCCAAGCGCGGUCCUUCUUACUGCAAGACCACUCGCUCCAGCUCCAAGUGCUGA